CGCCGAUACCCGUAACCAUCGUUUUUCAACAAUGUCCUGGAAAUUGGGCGUCAAAAAGUCGAAAGACACCAAGGAGAACGGGGUUAUCUCCAGAUCUGUUACACCGAUUCCUUCUCGCCCAACAACACCACGAAUGUCCACCGAUGGCGACCAAUUUCGCUCUGGAAUGUUGACAAUCCGCAUCUUUUCAGGACGUGGAUUGUCUCUGGCGCCCGGCGUGCCCCUUCCAGACGUCAUUCAACAGGCUCUCAAAUCCGCCCCGCCACCGAGAAAGUCGACCAGCAACCGUGAUUCGAUACAACGCAAGCGUUAUUGGUGGUUGCCAUAUGUUGUCCUCGAGUUCGACAAGAACGAGAUUCUAAUUGAUGCGUUGGGUGGUGACCUGUCCAAUCCCGUGUGGAAUUAUCGUGCAGAUUUCGAUGUAUCCCGAACAUCCAAUAUUUCUGUCUCUUCGUAUCUUCGUACCACCGCCGCUCAGGGGCCAGACGACAUGGGGAAUGAUCUCCUCAUUGCCCGCGUUGAUCUAACGCCGAGCCUUGACAGCCAGCAUGCCUCAGAUCAAUGGUACUCGGCAACCGCUGGCUCGGGUUCCUUCCACCUUAAGAUCGAUUUCAAGCCUAGUCGCAACGAGUCGCUCACCAUCGACCAUUUCGAUCUCUUGAAGGUUAUCGGCAAGGGAAGCUUUGGAAAGGUCAUGCAAGUGCGAAAGAAGGACACCCAACGGAUAUACGCCCUCAAGACGAUUCGAAAAGCCCACAUCGCCCAGCGGCCAGGCGAGAUCACCCAUAUUCUCGCCGAGCGAACUGUCCUCGCUCUCGUCAACAACCCAUUCAUUGUCCCCCUCAAAUUCUCAUUCCAGAAUCCCGACAAGCUUUACUUGGUCAUGUCAUUCGUUAACGGGGGAGAGCUGUUCUACCAUCUUCAGCGGGAGGGUAAAUUUGACCAGGAUCGAAGUCGGUUCUACGCUGCCGAGCUCCUAUGUGCUCUGGAGCACUUGCAUGGCUUCAAUGUCGUCUACCGAUUGCUUGAUCUCACCCGACGCAGGGAUCUGAAACCCGAGAACAUCCUGUUGGAUUACACCGGCCAUAUCGCUCUAUGUGACUUCGGUCUCUGCAAACUCAACAUGUCCGAAACAGAGAAAACAAACACCUUCUGUGGGACCCCUGAGUACAUCGCUCCUGAACUGCUGGAAAGCCACGGGUAUACGAAAACAGUCGAUUGGUGGACACUCGGUGUGUUGCUCUACGAGAUGAUGCCCGCUGACCAACAUCAGACCGGCCUCCCACCAUUCUACGAUGAGAACGUCAACACUAUGUACCAACGAAUCCUCUCCGAUCCCCUUCAAUUCCCUCCUGAUAUUUCACCGGAAGCGCGAAGCGUGAUGACUGGGCUGUUGCAGAGAAAUCCUGCUCACCGAUUGGGUGCCAAUGGAGGUGAAGAGAUCAAGCGACAUCCCUUCUUUGCCAAAUAUAUCGACUGGAAUCUUUUGAUGGCCAAGAAGAUCCAGCCACCGUUCAAGCCAAGCGUUGAAUCUGUGCUCGAUGUGGCCAACUUUGAUCCUGAUUUCACUAACGAAGAGGCACAAGACUCGGUCGUCACUGACUCAGCACUAUCGGAAACAGUCCAGGAUCAAUUCAGAGGCUUCACUUACAACCCAGCCAACGAGCAUCUCAGCGAGAGCGUUAGCUACCCUGUUCUGUAA